AUCGCCUCGACUGCCUCGACUGCCUCUAUCCGCGCCCAGCGCUGCCUCCACCAGUUGUCUUCGCUCGCAUCACGACCGCGCACUAUCCAACCGCUCGUCUGCAGCAUUACGACUGCACCGGGCAGCCCCUUGGACCACUCGCCAUCCCCCUUGCAGCAAGUCCUGCAACUCAUCUCGCACGCGCCGUCGCUGCAUCCACGCAUCAGUUGCCCACGGUAGCCAGGCGAGCCAUGGAACGCCUCCUCCUCGCCAGCGUGAGCACCGCGCUGCUCGGCUAUGUAGCGUACGCGUUCCUCCGCCGCAACAAGAGCUCUAGGAAGCACGGCCGCGCCGCGCUCGCCGCAGACGACCAGCAAUUCACGAGGCCGGCGACGGCAGGCGGUGUGUCGCAACGCAUCGCGAAGGCGCGCGCCAACUGCUUCGGCCGGCAGACGUUCGAGAAGCUCACGGCGGAGGCGGCGGAGCUCUCGGCGAGAGGCGCCUUCUGGUCGGAUCCGCUCUUCACGCAUGACGACUCCUCGCUAUUUAUGGACCCAAGCCGCCCGCCGGAAGACUGGCUCCGCGACGGCGAGCGCGGGAAGGUCAUCAAAGGGGCCGAGGUCGUGUGGUGUCCGCCGCCGAAAUUCUGCACGGCCUCGCGACCUCUGGGCAAGCGCGCGCGCGACGGCGGCGCCACGUGGCUGUACGGGGACGCGGAUGAGACGGGUGCGGUCUCGGCGGGCGCGAGCCAGAACGCCGACGACGUCGCGCAGGGCUCGCUCGGAGAUUGUUACUUGUUGUCGGCCCUGGCGCUGGCGACGCGGGACAGCGCCGUGUGAGACGCUGUGUGGAAAUCAUGUUACGGGGACGACGUCGCGUCGAUGGCGUGGGGGGCGCGUAAUUUGAUGCCCACACAGGUGCGACGACCUCAUCGACGAUACCUAUGAAGACGUGGGGAUCUAUGGCGUCACGCUCUGCGUGCGCGGCAGAUUCACAAUGGUGUGGGUCGACGCGCAUUUCCCGUGCUGGCGGCCUGCAAAUGCGCACGGCAAGCACCGCCGACCUAAACCAAUCUAUGCGACGAGCACGGACCAUAGGGAAAUUUGGCCGAUGGUGGUCGAAAAAGCGUACGCGAAGGUAGCGGGCUCCUACGAGGCCAUCGGCCGCGGCGGUCGCGUCGCGCCAGCGCUCGAGACGCUGACCGGCGGCGCGGCCUGGUCCGUGGACGCGAUGACCAUCCCGUGGAAGGACCUCCGGCGCGCGGUCGAGGACAAUGAUGUGUUCGUCGGCGCCGGCUCGGAGCACAACCUAUCUGAAAGAGAACUUGAGGGUGUCGUCGGCGGCCACGCCUACUCGAUUUUACACGUGGUCGACGUUGGCGCCGACGCCGACCGCGUGCGUUUAUUACUACUACGCAAUCCGUGGGGGAAGAGCGAGUGGAAAGGCGACUGGAGCGACUCGUCGUCCUGCUGGCGCAAGCGGCCCGACGUCGCAGCCGCCGUCGGGAACAAGCGCUCGCACGACGACGAUGGGCGCUUCUGGAUCCAACUGCCCGACUUCCGCCAGCGCUUCCGCACCGUCGAUCUGUGUCGCGUGAAGAACGGACAGCUGAAGGAGCGCAACACGCUCAAGGAGCGGACCGCGGCGGAGAGUGCCGCCGACGCCGAGGCGGCCGCCACCGACGACGACUGGCUGGCCGAGAUACCGGGCGCGUCGCGCGCGAACGACUCGCCCAAGGCGCCCUCGAAGAAGAAGUCCAAGUCCAAGAAGAAGCACAAGAAGAAGUCCAAGCGCUGACGUCCCGGGGCCGCGCGACCUUAAUUAGAAGACUUUUUA